CUGCAGAGUGCUUCCUUUCCUUCUCUGUAUUCACAACCCGUUUUCUUUCAACAAAGAGUUAACCACCUCCCCAGCCCAUGAGGAGCCUGCAUCCCUCUCGACCAAUGAGAGCGCUGGAAGGUGAUGUCAUGCUUUAUCUAGCAGAGGUGGUGCUGAUGCUGCCAGGUUGAGCAUCCAAACAGCAGCAGACUGUCAGGCUGAACGUGAAGGAAAGACUCGGACUGAAGAUCACAGCGCACUGUUGGAUCAGCUGAGUUUGAAACACCUCAGAGGACUUCGAAGUAAAGAUGACUCUCGCCGCGUACAGAGAAAAGAUGAAGGAGCUCCCUCUAGUGUCUCUCUUCUGCUCCUGCAUCCUUCCAGAGCCCAGAGAAAAGCCCACCAAGAAAACACAAGAUGUUGUGGACCUCAACCUGGGCAUUAUCAAAGACAUGGAGGUGAUUGAGCUGAACAAGCGCUCAUCAGGCCAGGCCUUUGAGGUUAUUCUCAGACCUCCAUCUUUUGACGGUCAGAGGGAGUUUCAUCCCACGUUCCCACCUCGCCGGGACCCUUCUCUGGAGGAGAUCCAGAAGAAACUGGAUGCAGCAGAGGAGAGAAGAAAGUGUCAGGAAGCUGAACUUCUGAAGCACUUGGCUGAGAAGAGAGAGCAUGAGCGAGAGGUGGCCCAGAAAGCCUUAGAGGAACACAACAACUUCAUGAAGAUGGCCAAAGAAAAGCUGGAGCACAGAAUGGAGAUCAACAAGGAGAACAGGGAAGCUCACAUUGCCGCCAUGCUGGAGCGUCUUCAGGAGAAGGACAAGCAUGCUGAGGAGGUGAGAAAACACAAGGAACUGAAGGAUCUGGACUGGCAGUAGAAUAACUCAAAUCAAGAGCGUUUCUAGUGCAGAUUUUACACCAAAAUAAGGCCAAACAGCUCCUGUAGUCGGGCUGUGUUUUGAAACCGAAGGCCUAUUUUGUGAUAUUUGCGGCAAAAGAUGCAGUUUUGUUAAAUUUGCUGCUUCACAAAAUGUGUAUCAUGAUGUGCAACUUGGCAUCAGUCAAAGAAAUUGACAGAUUUGUUAACCACAAACAAUUGUGUUUGCAAUUAAAAUGCAUGAGUUCUUUUCAUCAUUACUAUACAAAGCUGUAGUUUGCAUGUAAUCAGUAAAAGAAAAUGAACAGUGAUGGAAACCUCAAAUGUGUGUAUAUAUGUUGUCCUGCAGUUUGUGUAACAUGGUUUGUGUAUCCAAUGUUCUUACAGUAUUGUAGUAUUUAUGUGUCUAAACAUUAAUUUCUUGACGUAAGAUUGAAGAAAGUAACCUUACAGCAUUAAAUGUGGCCACAGUUGACUUGCAUGUACCUCAUAAAGCUUGUG